AUGGCUCGGAGGCUUACAGGUCUGCAGAGGCAGGUGUUCUCGCUCUACAAGCGGUCGCUCAGGAUGGUACGCGCGAAGCCUGCCGACACCCGACCGGCCUGGUAUCGAUUUGUUUCGCAUCAGUUCCGCGAUCCCGAACUCGGCGGCGGUCUCAGGCGCAAGGACAUCGCAGCGAUCGAACACAUGCUCCGUCGCGGCGAGAAGAUGCUCGAGUCGUAUGGCUCGCCAGGCGUCAAGAACGUCGUCUUGCCAGUGACAGCUGACUGGCCGCUCGGAUGGGCUGCGAGGCGAACGAGGCGAGAGGAGCGGGACACAUGA